UGGAUGAGUAAUUGUUUCUUUUCUCGAUUUUGAAACACCACCGAAUGCAAAAAAAUACAUGAUUCGAGAUAGCCGCGUUAAUUGCAUCACUUUUAGCGAUUAUGAGAACUGAACACAUCCGAAACAACACAUUAAUCGCAUAGUGAAACAGCGGCGAUUUCAAAUGAGCGUAAAGUCAUUCGAGAAGCUAUUGUACUAUCGUGCCGAAAAAAAACUGGGACAGCUAAAUCUCCGAAAUCUCUUGGUCUAUCAGAAUAAUAUAUGUCGGCGCUGGCCAAUAAAUUAGAUUAUAAGUUGUGUUUAAUAGUUUAAGAGAGGCCCGUUUGUUUAUGUCUGGUUUGCAGGUGGCUCAUAAAUUAGAUAAGUUUUGAUUAUUUUUACUGUCGGCUGAGUUGGACAAAGGGCACACUUGAUAUUUUGAGGAAUGUCAAGGAGAGUGGAACGGGGUCCAAUGUUGGUAUAAGAUUAUGAAAAGAAUAACAUGAGCAGAAGUUAGUUAUUAACGAGAUUUUGGGUUGAAAGCAUUGGCCCCGGAUCGCUAGUUCUUUGUUAAACUCGUAUCGUCUUAUUCUGUUGUAGAAUUAGUGAUUUUAAUUAAGAUUAACCAUAGUUGUUGUUUACGUGUAGUUUUGUGUCAGUUAAAGUAUACUAUUAAACUAAUUAAUUAGUGUUUUUGGUGUUUUAUUGCUAAAAUGUCUUCUAACAAUAACAAUUUUAAUGAGGAUCUGACAUCAGAAGUGGGAUUGCCCCGUCCAGGUGAGAAUGUUCUGUUGAAUGAGGAGAAUUACACAGACAAUAACAGCGUACCCACCAGCCAAGUUGAGUUUUUGCUUCGCAAAAUAAUAGAAAUGCAAGAUUCUAGUGCACCUGCUGUUAACACUGUAACAAGUCCUCAAAUUCAACUACCAAGUUUUGAUCCAAGUUCAAAGGUUGCUGAUCCAGAAGGCUGGUGUUGCUUAAUAGAUGAAUUUGUGAAAAUGCAGAAGUUGUCUGGAAUAAUGUUAGCGACGAGCCUAUCUUGCGCAUUAAAGGGCGAGGCAGCAGAUUGGCUUAUUCGUUGCAGGCCAAUAGGAAAAACCUGGGAAGAUAUACGGGCUGAAUUUUUAUCAACUUUUUCCAAGCCUACUGACAUAAUGGAAUUAUUUGAGGAGGCUGUAAAUGGCCGGCAAAAUACUUCCAGUGAAAUCACUUUAUUGGAUGAAGGGUUGCAUGUUUUACGUUUGGCACAGCAUUUAAUUAAAACCUGUGAAAACGAAGAGGCUCUAGCAACAUUAUUUGCUUGUCAUGUUGUUGGAAGUAGGUCUGAAAUGGUGCGGAAACGAUUGCAAUUAGAUCCACCAAAAGACCUUAAAAGUUUCUGUAUUGCCCUUCGUGGUUCAACUGGUAAACGGCCGGCGCUAGUUCGACCUGAUCCUCAUAUUAGCUCGAAGCGGCGUGCCUUUACCCCAUUGGACAAAAGCGAUCGAAAACAUCAUAUUAAGUGUCACAGCUGUGGAAAAUUUGGACAUAAAUCGUAUGAGUGCCGAACCAACACAAACAUGCCGUCUACGUCAUCUGCAAGUAAACGAGUGAAGCCGAGAACCAAUGUUGUUAGAUGUUUUACCUGUGGUGGUCCUGGGCACAUUUCAACCCAUUGUCCUGAGAAGGAAAAGGGUACAGGUAGCAAACCAAAAUAUCUAGAGAAGCGAGUUAAUUUAUUGGAGGUGGAAGUUUUACCACAAGGGGAAAUGAAGCUGAUAGAUGGUGAAAUUUAAAAUAGCGCACGAGGACGUGCGACAUGUCAGAAUGGCCGUGUCGGCGCUGGCCAAUAAAUUAGAUUAUAAGUUGUGUUUAAUAGUUUAAGAGAGGCCCGUUUGUUUAUGUCUGGUUUGCAGGUGGCUCAUAAAUUAGAUAAGUUUUGAUUAUUUUUACUGUCGGCUGAGUUGGACAAAGGGCACACUUGAUAUUUUGAGGAAUGUCAAGGAGAGUGGAACGGGGUCGGAUGUUGGUAUAAGAUUAUGAAAAGAAUAACAUGAGCAGAAGUUAGUUAUUAACGAGAUUUUGGGUUGAAAGCAUUGGCCCCGGAUCGCUAGUUCUUUGUUAAACUCGUAUCAUCUUAUUCUGUUGUAGAAUUAGUGAUUUUAAUUAA